AGCUUAGAGAGAGAGAGAGAGAGGGAAUUCAGACGGGGAAAUGAGCUCAGGAGAGCGGUGCUGAGGCCCGGUAAUCUCCUUUAAAUGGCCGAAGAUUUGCUGCCAUUUUCUCUGAGCUUUUCGAUUCUCUAUCUCCCUGAGUUUUCUGAUUUUCUCUCUCUAAGCUUUUUGGUUUUUGCUGUGUUUGGGGCUUCGGAGAUUCUUCCCCCGGGUUUACUUUUAUCUGUUGACUGAUCAGCAAGUCACAGGGCGGCCCGUUUGCUCUUUCUCUGAACUUUUCAGUCAUGGCGGACACGCUUUAAACGCUUGUGAAUUCUAGGGUUUUGGGCUCCCAAACCAUCUGGUGAUUCUUGGGUUUCUCUUCUGUUGUACCUGCUUGAUUUUGGGUUUCUUAAUUCUUCACUGCUCUUCUGUGCUCGAGAAUUAGCUCGUGUUAUUAUCCUAGAAGGUUUAACUCUUCUUCUGGUUUGCAAGAGCAGUUAGAAUUGGAAUUUGGUGGUUAUUGUAUUUAUUUGGAGAUUUUCAGGGUUUUUUGAGGUUCUGAGUAACAUUUGGAGUUAUUUAGUUUUUUCUGGGUUUUCUUUCCAGUAUUUUUCUCGCUCUUAGCAACGGUUAGGACUUAGAAUUUUAAUUGGAUCGUCAUAGGGUUUUUUUCUUUUUCUUAAUCUGUGGUUUUCGGUUUUGGGAUUUUUUGAGUAUUGUAUGGUUCUGAAAGAGAAAAAUUUCAAUCCUCUACAGAAUUGUCUGGUGUUAUUUGGGACUCUUAAUACAAUUAACUGAUAAGAGUUUUUACCUAAUUUUCAAGGUUAGUGAGGGUUUGAGCUAGGACUUUGAGGUCUUCAUUGACUCUCAACACCGGUGCUCUUUAGGAUUAUUGGAUUCUUGAGAUUGGUUGCAGUUUUCGGGGGAAAUCUUCUUUGGCUCCAGAGGUCAAUUAGGGUUCUUUGUGUGCAUUUAUUGGGUCUUGCCCCAUCUCAGAGGAUCAAAUUUCUGGGCUGUGGCUUGAAUUACCUCUGUUUUUAGAGAUCAACUAAAUUUUGUUCUGGGGUUGGGUCUGCAAGUUCAGUUGGGGGGCACAAGAUUAAAAUCCAAUCUUGCCUCCCCAAAAGGAAAUAGGAUUUGCUCUCCAUUAUUCCUAGGGUUUUUCAUCAGUCACAUACAUUGGUCAGCCAUGCGUGCACCUUCUCUUCUUGCACAAUGCCUUCCAGGCCUGUUGCCUCAUGAUAGGGGGAGCCAUAGUCUCACUUCAAUAGCUGAUAGGGAUCUCCAUCUCCCUUCUCCAGCCGUGGAGAUUAUUCCUUCAAAGGCUGCUCACCCUUACAAGUAUGCUGGGGAAAAUGUCAAUUUGCAGGGGCUUCAUGUCUUCAAGGGAAGGGUUAGUGUUGCUGACAUCAUUGGUUUUUCUAAUUCAGAUAUGGUUUCUUCAAGAUCCGACGGGGGUGUAAAAUCUUGGGAAGGUUCUUUGGAUCUUGUGAAUGCCCUUAAACACGAGAUUCGUGAUGGGCAGUUGAGUUUUAGAGGCAAGCGAAUUUUAGAGCUUGGAUGUGGGCAUGGUCUCCCUGGAAUUUUCGCUUGUCUAAAGGGUGCCUCAACAGUGCAUUUCCAAGACCUGAGUGCCGAGAAGAUAAGGUGCACCACAAUACCCAAUGUCCUUGCAAACCUUGAGCAAGCCAAGGACCGGCAGGCCCACCAGCCUGAGAGCCCACUAACCCCAUCGCGUCUCGCAUUAGAUCCCGACGUUCGCUUCUUUGCCGGGGAAUGGGAAGAGCUCCACACGAUUCUAUCUGUUGUUGCUAAGGAUGCUGGUUUUGAAUCAAUGGGCGCUGCAAGCCUUAGCUUUUCAGAGGAGGAUUUCGCCAUGGAUGGCUGUAGUAGCCAUGAUGGGAGCUGCUCAAUUGUUCAAGACUCUUCUUCUCAGAGGACGAGGAAGCUCUCAGGGAGCCGGGCUUGGGAGAGGGGGAGUGAGACCGACGCCACAGAGGGUGGAUAUGACAUAAUUCUCAUGGCCGAUAUUCCGUACUCGGUGGCAUCAUUGAGAAAGCUCUAUGCGCUCAUCAAGAAGUGCCUGCGACCUCCAUAUGGUGUAUUGUUCAUGGCAACAAAGAAGAAUUAUAUUGGUCUUAAUGGUGGAGCCCGGCAGCUUCGCGGCCUGGUUGAUGAGGAAGGCAUUUUUGGGGCUCAUAUGAUAACAGAGAUUGGAGACAGAGAGAUUUGGAAAUUCUUCCUCAGAUGAAUUGUACUUCCAUUUCUAACAUCCCUUCCUUGCCUUCAGAUUGUAUCGAUGGGAACAGAGAAGCAUUUUAUGAAUAGCUUUUCCUCUAUACAGUGUCGUAAAAUAAUGUAAAACCAAGAAACCUGUCGGUUGUUGUGCUCGCCCCAAAUCUGCAUGCCACGAUCAUAGUGUUUUUUUUUUUUAUUAUUGUUUAAUUUGUGCCUGUCAAAAUCAGGUAUUUACUUGGGCUUGUUCUGCAAUCUAUCAGCAAUUCUUGAAUCAUAGCUUUCUCGAAUUAUUUUAUUGAAUUAUCAGAGCAUAUGCAUCA